AUGGUAUGGGGCAUAGCCAACAGUAACCAGCCCUUCAUAUGGGUGGUUCGACCGGGUUCGGUUCAUGGGUGUGAAUGGAUCGAGUUUUUGUCAGAAGAUUUGGUAAGCGAGAUGAAGGUGAGAGGUAUGAUCGUAAAGUGGGCACCCCAGAAGGACGCAUUGGCACAUUCUGCAGUUGGAGGAUUUUGGAGCCAUUGUGGUUGGAAUUCGCCCCUGGAAAGUGUAUACGAAGGGGUUCUGAUGCCGUGUCAACAGUUUAGUAUCAAUAAAAUGAUGAAUGCUAGGUAUUUGACUUAUGUCUGGAAGAUGGGUUUGGAAAUGGUUGUGGAGAGAGGGGAGAUCGAGAGUGCAAUUAGGAGAGUUUUGGUGAGCAAAGAAGGAGAAGUGAUGAGGCGUAGGGCGAUGGAGAUUGAACAACUGAAAUGA